AUGAAAAAUAGAGAAUAAUAUAAAGCUUUAUUGUAUAGUUUUCGAGAUUAAAUUUAAUUUCUAAUAAUGUCUUUUUACUCAACUUUAUUGGUAAAUAACUUUAACUUUUACAUAUUAGUUACAAUGCUUAGUACAAACACCUUUAUGAUAUUUUUCUUCUUUCUUAUAUUCUUUAUAAAUAUAUAACUUGUUUCCCUUGAAAAUUAGAUACUUGGCUAAUUAAGAAAUGCAUACUUUUAUGUUUUAUCAUUAUUUGUCCUCUUCCUUUGUAAUUUACUUGAUUUUUUAAUAUUGAAUUAGCUAUUAUUUAAUUAGAAGUCUAUUUUGCAAACAUCAUCUUUAAAAUUUAAAGUUUCUCUAACUAAUAGGUUUUCAUCAAAAAGCCUUUAAAUGAAUAUUCACAUCAGUAAAUUAAUAUUUUGGGGAAAUACAAUAAAAUAGCAAUUGCUGCAUAAAAAAUAGUUCACCUAUUAGAAUUGA